CGCCCCUGGCUCCCAACUCGGCAUCAAGAUAAGUCUCAGAGGCAGUUAAUCACGGGCGUAUAGGCAGACAAACAUUACAUUUAUUUUUUUUAUUAGUGCCAAGGAUUUAUAAUGGAAGAACGCCCAAACGAUCUAGAAGCAGGCGGGUCUCAUAUAGAGGAUAAAAAUGGUAACUCUAAAAUACUCACACGAUUGGAGACCGUUCCUGAUAUCAAAAGGGAUACUUCAGGGAUCACUACCCAGUAUAUCGCUACUGGAAUCGUAAAUCUUGGGGCGUUCGCGUCUGGCGUGUGCGUCGCUUGGACAUCGUCAGCAUUGCCUCUUAUGAUCUCUGGACAGUAUGAGACGCAGCCAUCGCGAUCGUCAGAUGUUUUUACAUCAAACAAUGGAACACACACCAAAAUUAUGCUUACGGAAACUGAAGCCUCAUGGGUGGCGUCUUUGCUGUGUUUGGGAGCAUUAUUCGGGGCUGUUCCUUCUGGUCUCAUCUCAGAAUAUUUUGGGCGAAAGAAAACAUUGCUUUAUCUUGCGCUGCCUUUGGUGGUCUCUUGGAUCUUAGUCGCUUCGAGUCCUAAUGUCUACGGCUUGUACGUGGGUCGUUUCGUUAGUGGCGUAGCCGUAGGAGCCUUCAGCGUAGCGAUACCACCGUAUAUUGAAGACAUAGCUGAGAAGAAUACUUUACCUGCAUUGGCCAAUUUCUACCACGUGCAUUUUGCUUCUGGGGUACUUUUUGGCUAUAUUAUUGGAUUGGUACAGAGCGCAUCUUGGCUGUCGGUACUAUGCGCUUGUAUACCCAUAUCAUUCUUCAUUGGAUUCAUAUUUCUCCCGGAAUCACCAGCUUACCUGAUGUCUCAAGGGAAAUUCCCGGAAGCAAAAGCGGCAUUAAAAUACUACAGAGGAAUAGACAAUGACGUGGAUUCGGAAAUGAAAGAACUAAAGGAAUACGUCAGGAAUUACGGAAGAGAUAAAGUGACAUUCAGGCAGCUUUUCACUACUAGAACUACUAUUAAGCCGUUGAUCGUCUCUUUUGGGUUGAUGAUCUUUCAGCAGAUGAGCGGUAUCUAUGCAAUUCUCUUCUACGCCGAGAAGAUCUUCAAGAACUUUGCAAUAUCGUUAAAUUUAGCCAGCGCAACAAUUAUUCUUGGUUUCUGUUUUGUUACAUCCAUGUACUUCUCAACUAUGUUCUUAAAGAAAUUUAGAAGACGGGUUUUAUUACUAAUAUCGUUUACACUAAUGGCACUUAGUUUGGGCACUUUAGCAAUGUUCUAUCAUUUAAAAGCUUCGAACCUAUCAGCUCAUACUACGUGGGUACCUUUGUCAACAUUAUGCAUAUUUGUAUCCGUAUAUGCGGUAGGAGCAGGGCCCAUACCUUGGUUGAUGUUACGCGAGAUUUUUGCACCAAACGUAAGGCGGAGAGCGACAGCUCUUACUGCUGGGUUUCACUGGUUUUUUGCCUUCGGGGUCACGAAGUUAUACCAAAAUUUAAUACACUUGGUGAGUCCGGGGUGGACGUUAUGGCAUUUUGCUGUUACUAGCCUGAUUGGAACCAUUUUUGUAUACUUUUUUGUGCCUGAGACUAAAGGAAGAACGUUGGAAGAGAUACAUAAUGAGUUUGACGGUAUUCAUAAAAGGAAAAGGCAUAGGCAUGUUAUUGAAGUAGAGACGGUUUCAGUGCAAUGAUUUAUUUCUCUAACAGUAUGUAGGAAACAAAAUAUUGCUGUUUGUAUCUAGUAUAGAUUCUAAAGUCUGAUUUCUAAAAUGAUAAAUGUAUACUAUACCGCCAGAAUUUUCAUCAUGAUGGCGGCAUUGUGACUCUUUAACUAACUAACUGACUUACUGUAACUUUUUCGGAAUAUUGCAUUAUUUGCGAAGGCGAUUUUUUUAAAUAUGAGUUAUCCUUAUCUCUAUAUAUUUUUGUAGAUUGAUGUAACAAUAACUUAGGGUAGUCUUAAAAUAACUCCGCAUAUAAUUAUUAAAUACUGUAGUAAUUAGGGCAAGGAUCAUAAAUUGAAAGCUCGUCAAAUCGCGUAGAAAAGAAAAAUAAACUAAAAUGUAAAGUGACAAAAUCACGUUAGCGGCAUUAUGUUCUGUUGAGUUGUCAUUUGAGCCAACGUGCAGUUAGAAACGAUUAUUUUUUUAUACCAUAUAAAAGAUCCAUUAGUCAUUUUAAUGAUAUUUUUGUAAGCUACGUCUAUCUUUAUUAAGAUUAAAAUAGAUAAUUAGAUUAGAUUAAA